UCAUUAUUAUCAAUGGUAUACACACGCGGAUAAUUUUAUGGUAGUAUUUCUAUCGGCAAUUGAGAUUUUUAUUCCUGUACAAUUAUAAUAUUGAUUGAAGUAAAAAAAAAUAUUUCAAAAUGUCAACUGUUGCUAGUCCUUUAGUUGUUGGUGGUGUUCGACAAUCUGGAGCUCCUGUAAGAACACAAAAUGUCAUGGCUGCUUGUGCAAUUGCUAAUAUAGUAAAGAGUUCUUUGGGCCCUGUUGGUUUGGAUAAAAUGCUCGUAGAUGAUAUUGGUGAUGUUACUGUUACAAAUGAUGGAGCAACUAUUUUACGUUUAUUAGAAGUUGAACAUCCAGCUGCAAGAGUUUUAGUAGAACUGGCGCAACUACAAGAUGAAGAAGUUGGAGAUGGAACUACUUCAGUUGUAAUAGUGGCAGCUGAAUUAUUAAAAAAUGCUGAUGAACUUGUAAAACAAAAAAUUCAUCCAACAUCUGUAAUUAGCGGUUAUAGGCUUGCUUGCAAAGAAGCUUGUAAAUACAUUCAAGAACAUUUAACAGUUGGUGUGGAUGAGCUUGGAAGAGAUUGUUUAGUUAAUGUAGCAAAAACUUCAAUGUCCAGUAAAAUCAUUGGAGCUGAUGCUGAUUUCUUUGGAAACAUGGUCGUAGAUGCUGCAAAUGCAGUAAAAGUUAGUGAUGGAAAAGGAGGAUUUAUAUAUCCUGUGAAAGCAGUUAAUGUUUUAAAAGCUCAUGGAAAGAGUGUUAGAGAAUCUGUAUUAGUGCAGGGUUAUGCAUUGAAUUGCACUGUAGCUUCUCAAGCAAUGUCUAAAAGAAUAAUGAACGCAAAAAUUGCAUGUUUAGAUUUCUCUUUACAAAAAACAAAAAUGAAAUUAGGUGUAGAAGUACUAAUCACAGAUCCUGAAAAAUUAGAAGCGGUACGCCAACGUGAAGCAGAUAUUACAAAAGAACGUAUACAAAAAAUUCUUUCAGCAGGUACAAAUGUUAUUCUUGUAUCUGGAGGAAUUGAUGAUCUUUGUUUAAAGUAUUUUAUAGAAGCUAAAGCAAUGGCAGUUCGUAGAUGUAAAAAAGCAGAUUUGAAAAGAAUUGCAAAAGCUACAGGUGCACAAUUUCUUACUUCUUUAACUAAUAUGGAAGGAGAGGAAAGUUUUGAUUCAAGUUUUCUUGGAGAAGCUGCUGAAGUAGUACAAGAAAUGAUAUGUGAUGAUGAGCUCAUUCUUAUUAAAGGACCAAAAGCAAGAACAGCAAGUUCCAUGAUAUUAAGAGGACCAAAUGAUUAUUAUUGUGAUGAAAUGGAACGAUCUGUGCAUGAUGCAUUAUGUGCAGUAAAACGAGUUUUAGAGAGUAAAAGUGUGGUUGCAGGAGGUGGUUGUGUUGAAGCAGCACUUUCAAUUUAUUUAGAAAAUUUUGCUACAUCACUUAGUUCUCGAGAACAAUUAGCUAUUGCUGAAUUUGCAAGAUCAUUAUUGGUUAUACCGAAAACAUUAGCUGUUAAUGCGGCACAAGAUGCUACAGAUCUUGUUGCUAAAUUACGUGCUUAUCAUAAUUCCAGUCAAACGAAAGCAGAUCUUGCAGAUUUAAAAUGGGUUGGUCUGGAUUUGCUUGAAGGUACUAUUAAAGAUAAUAAAAAAGCUGGUGUAUUGGAACCAGCUAUUUCAAAAAUAAAAUCUCUGAAAUUUGCCACAGAAGCAGCAAUAACAAUUCUUAGAAUUGAUGAUAUGAUCAAAUUAGAUCCAGAACGAUCAAAGGAUAAAUCAUAUCGCGAUGCAAUGGAAUCUGGUGAAUUGGAAGAAUAAUAUUAAAAUAUAUUAUUUAUCCUUUUUUCUUAUAAUUUGUUAUACUGGAAAAAUUAAAUUAUAAUUUACUACUAUUUUACAAUUUAGCGAUAAAAAAUCACUAACAUUUAUGUUAAUUUGUUCUCAUGAAUGAAUUUGCUAAUAAUAAAUAAAAUAAAGCUUUUACAUAGAAAAA